ACCGCUCUUCGUCUCUUCGCUUACAUGCCAAAUCCUGCCUUCUGAGUGGUAGUGACUCGCUGGUUCAACUGCGACCGCCAUGUUCUCCAUUCUCCCCACAUCUCUCAGUUUAUUUCUCUCUUCUCUGCUAUGGAAGACACGAGAAACGACCUCACAGCUGCACUUCCAGCUACGACAUACUCAUGCCAUUACCGAUCAUUCACGAAUAAUCUUCUCAGAUGAACCCAGAGCAUUAUCAGCCGAGACCUUCUCCAUCGACACUACAUCAAUCACUACAUAUCGCCCACCAUCCUUCUCCGCGUUUUCUAAUGCUCGCUACCGUUCGCUACGACGCCUUGAAUCAGAGUCUCUAAUCUGGUCAGCGACUGAAGUCCGAGGACCUGAUGUGCGUAACCGGGAAGUUCUGCAGUUACUCGCAAAUAUGACUGCGAAUGCGUAUACUCAACCAGAUGGUAAGAGCUGGUAUGACCUUGGGCCAGAUUGGAACGCGACGUAUCCGUAUGGUUGGGAACCUGAUGCUGACGGAUUUCGUGGUCAUGUUUUUGUAUCCACGGAUAACUCGACUGUUGUGGUAUCAAUCAAAGGAACCUCAUUGCCGUGGAUACAUGGUGGACCAACUACGGCGAAGGACAAGCUCAAUGACAACCUCUUGUUCUCGUGCUGCUGUGCGAGGGUUGGUCCUACAUGGUCGACUGUCUGCGGGUGCUACGAGGGUGGAUACAAGUGCAAUACGAACUGUGUGGAAAAGAGCUUGGCAGAGGAGAGUUUGUUUUAUCCUAUAGGCAUGAAUCUAUACAACAACAUAACUUACAUGUACCCGGAAGCAAAUAUUUGGAUAAUCGGCCAUUCGUUGGGAGGGUCUCUGGCGUCACUUAUUGGCGUCACGUUUGGAACACCUGUCGUCGCUUUCCAAGCUCCUGGGGAACAAAUGGCUUCUCAAAGGCUUCAUCUACCUUCGCCUCCUUCCACUCAACACGUUACCCAUGUCAUCAACAACGCUGAUCCAAUUGCCAUGGGGGUUUGUACCGGUGUUUCUUCAAGCUGUGCUGGAGCUGGUUAUGCCAUGGAAUCUCGCUGUCAUUUAGGCAACAUUAUCCGAUACACUACUAUCGAACGGUUUGGAUGGUCGAGUAAUGUCAUGAACCAUGGGAUCAAGGUCGUCAUAGAUAAGGUCUUGAGCGAUGAGACGUGGGAAGUCCCUGAGCCGUCCCCUGAAGAUGCGGAUUGUUGGAGUACUGAGUGCGCGAGCUGGACGUUUGACAAAGACACCGACAGUAUCGAAUUAUUGUAACAUACUCUACGAAACACUAAUAGAAGUGCACCAUUUGCCGAGCA